UAGCGCCCGCUGACCAGGCUGCACUGAGAGGAGAGGGAAAACCGCGCUCCGCGCACUCAGUCCGACGUGCCGCCCGCUCGCGCGCGCGCGCGCGCCGUCCUCCCGACCGAGAGGGCGGGGAGACGGCCCGGGCUGGCGCCUCCCGGCCCGGGGUGGGACCAAGACGACCUGACGGGCGGCGGUGGGCGCGAGCCGCCCUCCGCACGCCGGGACCUUCUCUGCCCGCGAAUUGCCUUCUAGUCAGGGGAGGGUAGCGUUCGCUGCAUUUUCCCGGGGCCCCUCUACCCCGCUCCACUUCUUUCCCGGGCUGGAGGCUACCGCAUUGUGACCUCACGCCCGGGGAAUCCGGGAGACGUUCGCCGGACUGGCCGCCGGGCAGCGCGCAGCUUUGGGCCCCGGGGCCCAAGAACGUUCCGCUCUCCUCGUUGCCCUUAACCCCCGGUGUGGGGCUUGGGGGAAGUCACGUGCGCCAAGGAAGUGGUGGAACCGGGGGAAAGGGGAGAUGGAAAAAACGAUGCCCAGGGUUACCUGGGCUGCGGGGUGUGCUCGGAGCGGGGUGCAUUUGGCCAACACUCUCUUCGGUCUUCCUGGUUUCACUGCACUCGAAGAGCUGGGCCUGUGGACUCGGCGAGCAAGAACUCAGAUAAUUCUUGGAGCUAUGGGCGCUAGCAAGGAACAUCACAAUGUUUCAAAUUCCUGUUGAAAAUCUUGACAAUAUUAGGAAGGUUCGGAAAAAAGUGAAGGGCAUUCUUGUGGAUAUUGGCCUUGAUAGCUGUAAGGAAUUAUUGAAGGACCUUAAAAGUUAUGAUCCUGGAGAGAAAUAUUUUUACAAUACGUCUUGGGGAGAUGUUUCCCCUUGGGAGUCUUCAGGAAAAAGAAAGAGAUAUCGAACAAAGCCGUACUGUUGUAGUCUGUGCAAGUAUUCAACAAAACUACUUUCUUCAUUGAAAAAUCAUUUGCAUCGUUAUCAUGAAGAUGAAAUUGACCAAGAACUAGUGGUUCCUUGCUCAAAAUGUGUUUUUGCUUCUCAGCCCAAAGUUGUAGAAAAACACUUUCGGAUGUUUCAUUCUCAUAGGAAAAUCCAGAAUUACACCAUGAACAUUUUGGGUGAAUCUAAACCAUCCAGGAGUGAUGUGAUAAACUUCACGUGCUUAAAAUGUCACUUUACAGACACUUUGUACUACAGCAUGAAGAAGCAUGUACUAAUAGCACAUUUUAAUUACUUGAUUGCUUCCUACUUUGGCAUGAGAACUGAUGAAAUUCCCAAUGAAGUGAAAAACGAUAACACUUCAACAGCCAAUACAGUUCCAACUUCUGACAAGUACUAUUGUAAAAAAUGUAAUAUAGGUGCCAUCAGCCUGGAUGCUUUAAUGUAUCAUAUUUUGACAUCAGACACACACAGAGAUCUGGAAAAUAGGCUCAGAUGUGUGAUUUCAGAACAUAUUAAGAAAACGGGACUUCUGAAGCAAAUGCACAUUGCUCCUAAACUUUCUGCAAAUAUGGCCAUGUCUCCUUUAACUAACAGCAGUGCACAAGCACUAGCAACUGCUGCUUCCACUUGUAUUCAACUUGCCUUGCCACAGAAUAAUCAAAACCAAACUCUGGUACAGUCACAGGCAGUAACUGUGGCCUCAAGUGCCUCUGGGACUCUUACUCAUAAUGCCCCUGCUGCUGCCCAAUCACACGUAACUCUUGUGUCUAGCCCUUUGCCAGUGGGCCAGAAUAAUAUUACUCUUCAGACAUCUGUUCCUCAACCUGUUUUUGUUUCUCAUGGCCUCCCACUUAAUCAACCUGUGAGUCCUACAGUUCUUCCCUUAAACCAACCAGUUGGAUCUGUCAGUAAGUCUGGAGCAGGGGUUCUCCCUGUGAACCAAACCCUUCACCCAGGACUUUUGCCUCUUAAUCAGCCUGUUGGACCCUUAAAUAGACCUGUUGGGCCUGGAGUUCUUCCCAUAAAUAGACCCAUUGCACCUAAUGUGCUUCCUGUUAAUCAACCUGUUGCAUCAGGUGUCAUCCAAGCAGUUCCACCAGGGAUAAUCUCUGUGGGUCAGACAGUUCCAUCAGGAGUAUUCCCUGUGAGCCAAGCAGUACCAUCAGGUGUUCUGCCCAUGGGCCAGACAGUACCAUCAGGGGUUCUUCAGCUCAAUCAGUCUGUUAUGUCAGGAGUUCUUCCUGUUGGCCAGGCAGUGAGACCUGGAGUACUCCACCUUAAUCAGCCAGGUGUUCUACCUGUAAAUCAGCCAGUCAGACCUAGUAUCUCCCAAAAUGCCACUUUCCUAACUGCAGGCUCUAUUCUUAGACAGUUAAUACCAACAGGGAAACAAGUUAAUGGGGUACCUACAUAUACACUAGCACCAGUUUCAGUUACGUUGCCUGUACCACCUGGUGGUGUAGCAAAUGUUACACCACCACAGAUGCCAAUUCAGCUCAUGCAGUCUAGUGUUGCUACACAGAUAUCUAAUUCCCCAGCUGGUGCACCCUCUCCUCCAGUAGUGGUAAGCACUUCUCAAAAUAUGAUUGUCCAGGCAUCUUCAUCUACUCCAGAAACAAGCCAUGCUUCCAGUCUCAAACAAGCUAAACAGUGGAAAACCUGCCCAGUUUGCAAUGAACUCUUUCCAUCUAAUGUCUACCAGGUGCACAUGGAAGUUGCUCAUAAACAUGGUGGAUCAAGAUCAGAUGAAAAACUUGAGCCUGAAAAACUUGCGGCAUGUGCACCGUUUUUAAGAUGGAUGAAAGACAGAACUCUUCACUGUCUUUCUUGUAAAUGCUUCAUAUCUGAGGAGGAACUUAUGCAUCAUUUAUUAAUGCAUGGUUUGGGGUGCUUAUUCUGUCCUUGCACUUUUCACAAUAUUAAAAGUCUUUCGGAUCAUAAUAGGACUGCGCAUCUUGGAAAGAAUAGAUUAUCUGUGGAUUACAGCAACAGAGGUUUCCAGUUAGAUCAUGAUGCUAAUGGUGACUUAAUAUUUCCUCAUAUUGAUUUCAUUACCAUGUUGCCAAAGGAAGAACCUGGAGAAAGGGAAGUCUAUUUGGCAGUACUAGCUAUGAUGUACUCUAAGAUACUUGUACCAAUUUAUAUUAAAGUGAGGCCACAGACUCUUGAGGACCACAGCAAUCCUAGAAAACAAGGCAGCAGUACCUGUCCAUUUUGCCUUGGUACUUUUGUGACCACAGAAACAUAUGAAAUACAUUUAAAGGAAAAACAUCAUGUCAUGCCAACUGUACAUACAUUUUUGAAGUCUCCUGCUUUCAAGUGCAUCCAUUGCUGUGGGGUAUAUACUGGGAAAAUGACAAUGACAGCAAUUACUGUACACUUGUUACGAUGCAGGAGUGCUCCCAAAGUUAGUAGUUCAGAUCUUCAGAUCCAGUCUGUUCUUAGUGAAAAAGAACUACCACCAGUGAAUGGUGAGAUACAUGAUUCUGUUUUUCCUGUCAAGAGAAAACUUCCUGAUCUUUAUUCUGGGGCAGAGGACCAAAGGGAUAGAGAAGAACCUCUUGUCAUAAAUAAUGACAUCACUUCUGUUUGUGAAAAAGCAGUGAAUGUGCCUUCUAAAAAACAAAAGAAUGAAAGCAGGACUGAAGGUCCACUAAUAAAUGAUGAUGCUCUUCAUAUUCUGGCACUAAAUCCCCAGAAGUAUGAAGACCGUUCAUAUGAAGAGAAAAAGCAGUUUCUUAGAGAUUACUUCCACAAGAGACCAUAUCCUAGCAAAAGAGAGAUAGAACUACUGUCAUCCCUUCUGUGGGUGUGGAAAAUUGAUGUUGCAUCCUUUUUUGGGAAAAGAAGAUAUACAUGCCUAAGAGCAAUAAAAAAUUACAAACCUUCUGUGCUUUUGGGUUUUGAUAUGUCAGAACUGAAAAAUGUUAAGCACAGAUUACACUUUGAAUAUGAAACACAAACUUUGUAAAAAAAGCUAUUUAAGAAAUCACAAGCAAUCAAAAGGCUAGUUUUUAAUUUGGUGAGGUGUGGCAUUUUGUUUUGUUUUUGGGAGGGGGGCACUUCGGUUUUCAGUUACAGUGUAAUGACCCAAUGGAUUAUGGUGGUCUUACCCUGCUUCUCUAGAUAUUUCUGGGCACACAGUAUGAAUAGUCCUUGCUUUGUUUUUGUGGAAGUCAUUCUGUUAGUUUUUCCAUUUACAUGUAAUAAAUUAACUCUCUUAUGUUUUACAUACUUGUUUACCCAGUAGUGUUAAGAGAUUAAGAAGACAAUACUGAAACGACAUUGUUUUUGUUCUGUUGGUUUUUUGUUUGUUGGUUUUUUGUUUUUUGCAUUUUUGCAUUCAUCCCAGUAGCUAGUUUUUCUUUUAGUGGCGAAUGGUACAGCAAACUUUUUCUUAGAGAGAGGAGUACAAGUGAUAAGUAAAAAUCCAGUGAUGCAUGUGGCACACUGGUGGUGUGCUGCAUUAACUUGCUAAUUUCUCCUUUAUAAAAUACUGUGACCAAUUUAUGAUUUUUCAAAUGUGCUACUUUUAUAUUUUAUAGAAAUCAAAAAGUUUCAUUUAUAGAAUAUAUGCCCAAAUCCAAAAUUUUGUAUGUGGUAUAUAUAGUUCAUAGAUUAAAAGCAUCAUUAUUACCAAAAAUGAAGUACUUUUUCUAGAUACCAGAAAUGCAUUUCAGUAUGUUUUCCUUUUUUGACAUGUAUUACUUUCCAUGCAGAGAAAUAAGGCAGUACCUUCUUAGUGCCUUUUAAUCAACAAAAAUUUGGAAUACCUGAAAAUUUUUCCCUGCCCCCUUAAUUUCCUCAGAAACUGCCCAGAAGGGAACAGGGGAAAUUUUUUUUAAGAUAAGGAAAUAGGAAUCUAGAAGUUUUGCCACUUGGUGGUUACCAAUUGAUAUCCAGGUCAGUGUAGUGGUGACAAGCUGGCUACAAUAAGAUUUUCAGUGAAUCUAGUAAGAAUUAAAUUAAGCCUAAUGGUCAUCUCUCAGCAGUUGGUAUAUUAAAAUUUAAGAGUGAUGGGAUUUCCUUAACAUUGAAAAAUGGAAGGAUACAACUAUUUGCUUUAGUAUGUCAAUGUACGGAUGUUUAAUUAUAUGGUCUUUAUUCUGUUACACUUUGCCUAUAAAUGGAGAUCUUUGGAUAUCCAUUAGAAUCUUUUACAAAAUCCAAA